AAAAGUAGAGAAUCAUGUUUAAAUUAUCAGAACUGGUGCGCUGGCUUGGCUUAACGGAAUUCGAGAUUUUGGUCAAUCUAUGCGGCCUACUCGUCUUUACCAUCUCGCUCGCCUUCAAGAUCUCUGGUACAUUGAAUAAUGUUUUACCUGAGCUAAUGUGCGAUUGGUUUAGCAUAUUUAGUCCACUGUUCUUUAUCGAUAUUUGUAAUGCCUAUUUUUGCGUCAUUGUUGGAAUACGUAUGUAUUUGGAUUCAGAUAACAAGCGGAAGGCGUUACAUCGUUUCAUGUGGAGCACAUAUUUCCUUGUACUUAUCGCGAUCUUCAAAUAUUUGUUAUGUCUGAAGUUAUCUGGCAAAACGGGACUCGAGUACAGUGAAGUUUUCUCACCAAUUUUUGUACUGCUCCAAUUGGUAGCUGUGCGCGCCUGCCAGCUGCCCAACUCUAUUUAAAAAGCCUAUAAUAUACAUAAAAAAUCCCUGAAAUGUCUAUCAUAAGUUAUUAUAUAUUAAUA